AUGUCGGGCACAGGACCAAGAGAGAGCGUCUUCCCCACGCGGAUGGCCCUCACGAACACGAAGCUCCGUCUCAAGGGAGCCCAGACGGGACACUCUUUGCUCGCGAAGAAGCGCGACGCCCUCACCACCCGCUUCAGGGCUAUCCUUCGGAGAGUGGACGAGGCGAAACGGAAGAUGGGCCGUGUGAUGCAACUCGCGUCGUUCUCGCUCGCCGAGGUCACGUACGCGACGGGCGACAUCUCGUAUCUCGUACAAGAGCAGGCCAAGUCCGCGUCGUUCAAGGUCAAGGCACGACAGGACAACGUAUCAGGUGUUAUCCUUCCCGCAUUUGAGGUCGACCGAGUACCAGGAUCAGACUUCAAUCUGACCGGUCUUGGUCGUGGUGGGCAGCAGGUUCUGCGUGCGAAGGAGGUGUAUGCAAAGGCGGUCGAAACACUGGUGGACCUGGCAUCCCUCCAGACGGCCUUCAUGAUCCUUGACGAAGUCAUCCGUGCUACCAACCGCCGAGUCAACGCAAUCGAACACGUUAUCAUCCCCCGUCUAGAAAACACCAUCAAGUACAUCUCAAGCGAGCUGGAUGAGAUGGACCGAGAAGAGUUCUUCCGCUUGAAGAAAGUACAGGGAAAGAAGAAACGAGAUGCAGAGGCGGCGGAAGUUCUCAGGAAGGCGAAAGAUGCUGAAGAGGUACCGGAUGUAGCCCCAGAUCACGCAGGCGGUGGAGGAGACCUACUUGGAAGCAAGGACGAGGAUGUCAUUUUCUGA